UUUGGAUUUAACCAAAAUAAAAAGAAAAUAAAAAAUAGUCUCCUUUUACCACAGGGAGAUUUCAAAGCUAGGGUUAGGUUUACCUUCAGUGCCUAUAUAAAGCUCCCCAAUUUUCACCCUCUGAAGUACCAAUUCACCCAAGCACACUCUCUCUCUCACUGCGAAAGCCAAAGAAAAGCUCUCGCACUUUCAAUUCUCUGAAACCGUAAGGCGCGAUGGCCACUGAGAAGAAGAUGAUAACCCUGAAGAGCGCGGACGGCGAGAUUUUCGAGGUGGAAGAGACGGUGGCUCUGGAAUCGCAGACCAUCAAGCAUAUGGUGGAGGACGACUGCGUUGACAAUGCAAUUCCUUUGCCCAACGUUGAAAGCCAUAUCCUCGCCAAGGUCAUAGAGUAUUGCCGGAAGCACGUUGAGUUUGCGGCCAAUGACGAGGACAAGGUCACCGUCAAGGAGUUCAACGAUGACUUCGUCCACGAAAUUAAGACCGACCAGAGUGUUCUAUUUGAUACAAUCUUGGCUGCAAACUAUCUGAACAUCAAGAGCCUGCUGGAUUUGACCUGCCAGACUGUGGCUGACAUGGUCAAGGGAAAGACACCUGAGGAGAUUCGCAAGACCUUUAACAUCCACAAUGAUUUCACUCCGGAGGAAGAAGCGGAAAUUCGCAGGGAGAACGAAUGGGCAUUCGAAUGAAGUCGAUGGAGUUCCUUGUCCACAAUGUCGAUAGUAUGCUAGGAAUGUUGAUAUAAUUAGAGGGCCGUUCAUAUUUUGCUUCUAGAGGAAGUGUAUACUCAUCAAUUUGCUGAAAUCUUACCAAGAUCUCUGUAAACCUGUUUUGUUAUCUUAAUAUGAAACGGUUUCAUUAGCUAAA